ACGCUACGAUACGUCGCGUCGCCUGGGCCAUGCCAUAGCGUAGCUAGCAGCUAGGCCUUGAUCUAUUGUGACAGCAAUUUAUCAAUCAUCAUUUUGUAAUCUGACAUUCUACGGCUUUUACUUAUUUUCCUCUAUCGUCGCUUGGUUAUUGUGGUAGAUAGCAGUGUGCAUUCUACACAAUACGAGUAUCAUCAUAUGAUCAUAUGAGCAACAAUCGUGUGAAUCCUGACAAUUCGAGUCAAAUUGAACUGAUGGCGCACAACCAGAGAAACAACGAUGGGCAGUGGCAAGCCCAACAUGAUGAACAAGGCAUUAUUGGAGCAAAUACCUCAGACCAAAGCAUUGGUUGCUGCGGGGUGUUCCUCAUGCUUAUUUCGGUGUUACUAGUGUUCUGCACGCUCCCAUUUUCAUUAUUUAUCUGCAUAAAGGUGGUUCAGGAGUAUGAGAGAGCAGUUAUCUUUAGACUUGGGCGUCUCUUGUCUGGUGGUGCUAAAGGACCGGGUCUCUUCUUCAUCCUACCUUGCAUUGAGGAUUACAGAAAGGUAGAUCUUCGUACCAUUUCGUUUGAUAUUCCUCCUCAAGAGAUUCUGACCAGGGAUAGUUUGACCAUCUCUGUGGAUGCCGUGGUCUUCUACCGUGUCAAGAAUGCCACCGUCAGCAUCGCCAAUGUUGAAGACGCAGGCAGAUCAACCAGACUUCUGGCUCAGACGACACUUCGUAAUGUCCUGGGUACCAAGAAUCUGUCGGAGGUCCUGGCAGAACGUGAAGGCAUCAGUCACUACAUGCAGUCCACCCUCGACCAUGACACCGAUCCUUGGGGUAUCCAAGUAGAGCGAGUUGAGAUCAAGGAUGUUCGUUUACCAGUGCAGCUCCAGAGAGCCAUGGCUGCUGAAGCUGAAGCUUCCAGAGAGGCUAGGGCCAAGGUGAUUGCUGCUGAAGGAGAACAGAAUGCUGCUCGCGCUUUGAAGGAAGCUGCAGAUACUAUUGCGGAAUCUCCAUCGGCUCUUCAGCUGAGGUACCUACAGACCCUCAACACCAUUGCAGCAGAAAAGAAUUCUACGAUCAUCUUUCCUCUUCCUAUUGAUCUUAUCAAUGGUGUUAUGAAAAAGUAAACUCCGUUGUAAUGCCUGUAUUCACAAUCCCACAUCAAGAGACAGGCAAUCACAUCUUUUUGUUUUGAACAACGAUUUUUCAAUAAAUUAUUUGAAAGUUGGUAAAUUUUAUACUCUUUAUGUUCUGGCUUUUUAAUAUGAGAUUUUUAAUCUGAUUAAGAUAAUUUGUUCAAGGCUGCCAAAACAGGAAUCCUUUUAUUUGGUAAAUUGUAGGGUCUGUCUACACUGUGUGCAAAUCCAGGGUGCAAAUGCAUUUAAUAAGAGAUGUUUGGGCAUUUUGUUGCACGUACAUGUAGUCAUAAAAAAUUAUUUUGUUUGAUAAAUCAUUUUGAGCCAUUUUGGGGUUCUUGUUACUUAAUUGUAGAUAACCAAGAUUAUUCAAGGCCUACCUGGUAUAUGGUGUUUUUUUUUGCUCAAGACAGCAUGUCAUGCAUUUAUUUUAUGCUAAAAUUCAAAGUCAGAUUUGCAGUUCAUCUGUCUUUUCCAUAUGCUACAUGUACGUGUACCUUAGUUAUGGUUGUUACAUAAGAAAAUUGAUCUUACAAGCUUGGAAACCUAGACUGUUCAUUGCACAGAAGGUGCAAUGUACAUGCAGGGUAUAUCUGUCUACGUGAAUGGGUAUUCACAUUUUCAGAUUGAUUUCUAUCUUUAAAACAUAUGUCAAUCCUAAUAAUACUAAGGCCUAUAGUAUGCCUUUGAUUUUGCACAAAUGUAUAGCAAUCAAGACAUUAUUUGUGCAUGUAUCUUACAACUGGUGUCUGCAAAUGUUGUCAGUGAUAAACUGUACAGUCAUCGAUUGUACUAAGAUGUACUUGCAGUUCUCAUCCCACAUGUGUAACAGAAAUCUGUUUUUUCUUUCAGGCAACAAAUUAUGAUUUCCAAUUCUUCUUUAUCAAGAAAUAGCAUAGCAACUGUUAAUUUGCGGGAAUUAGUACUUUUUCCAUGGUGUACUAAAUCGUUCAAUUAUUUUUUCAUUCUAUUUGAAUUGCAAAUCCACUCUCCCUAUUGAAAAAAAAAGAACCAUGAGUGGGCUACAUAAGAAUCUUUGCCUGUUUAACAACUUUACAGCAAAUUUCCUGUCAGCUAUUAUAAUGGUUUGAUUUCAAGUUUUACAAAUUAUUGUUAUUUUGUUGCCAAACAAGUUUUAAUGAAAUAGGAUGUAGCAUAGCAUGUAUGGCUGCUUUGUGAUA